AUUUAAUAUUUCUAAAAUCUGGAGAUGAAACACGUAAAGAUGGAACAUCUCGUAAUCUAGUUAAGAAGAACUAAUUGGGCAUGGACGUCAUUAAAAUAAUUUGUUUGGUGACAUUAGUAAAAAAAUGAUCAUUUAUCCAGUAUUUAGAUUGUUUCUUUUGCAAAUAGUUUUCGCCUACUGGUUUGCAGACAAUGCACAUAGUAAAAAGUACACCAUUUUAAAGAAAAGGGUGAACUGGUGGAGAGCAGCUAUGCAAUGCCAAAAACGGGAUAUGCAGUUAACAGAAUUUGAAACGUACGAUGACUUGAAGAAACUGCUCAUUUCACUCAGAUCACAAAAUAUUACACAAGGAACUUAUUGGAUAUCUAAACAAGUUUUCACGAAUUGGCCGAAAAAUAAAACAUCAUUAGUGAUGACUCUGCAGCACAAGCUUAAUCACAUUACCAGUGAAAAUCAGAAUUCAAAAUUCCGUGCUAAAAGAACAAUCAACAUAGUAAACAAUACGAAUACAACAAAAACAGACAAAGAAUUUCGAAGCAUUAAUUCAACACCAGUAGAAAGAAAAAAACAGAAAAAUUACAUAACUUUAAGAAGUAAGAGAUCAAUGAAAAAUGUACAAUUAGAACAAAACAAAAAUGGAAACAUAAAAUCAGCUACAAUAGAAACUUUGGAUAAAUUAAAAUCACAGAUGAAAAAACUGGAAAAGAGACAAAUUACUUUAAAAGAAUUCGACUUUAAUUUCCACGAGUCAGAUCAUGAAACUGAACAGACACAAUCAAAACCCCACAUGUCGAAAAAAGAAAUAACAUCAAUGGAAACAACAGUAGAUCAAACGAAAAUAAAACCUGAUAGAUCAACCAAAAAGAUGGGAUAUCGUGCUCCAAGGAAAAAAAAGGUAAAAAUAUGGAGAAGACUACAAACCAAUGAUUUACCAACAAAAAUAGAACUGACAAAAUUCAAUUAUACUUGGUUACAUUUACUAACGACUACAUUAGGAUCUCUUAAAUUGGCUGGGAAUUAUAAUACAACCUUGCUUCCGACAACGGCGGGAGUAUCAGGCGCAUUAAAAAAUAUUACAGGAGAUGAAGGUAUUUCCUAUAAAAAAACAUAUUCGAGGUACACUAGAGAGUCAACAACCAUAAUGAAUAAUGCUACAACUAAUUCACCAACAUCAGCUGUCAUGUCAGCUAAUGGAGAAGAAAUACAGAGAAACGAACCGAAUACAGUCACGAAUGUUACUCAUUUGAAGUUGGAGGGAAGUACAAAGAAGAGAGUAAGGAAGUCUGCAGAUUUAUACUUCUCAAGAAAUGGGACACCAUAUACCAGAAGAACAACGAGCAAGCCAACUACCCAUGCGAUUGGCGUCAAACCAGAUUCAACAUCAUCACUCGAAAUUUCACUUCAGGAAAAAGAAAUACAUACAACUGAACCCUCCACAGUGGAUAGGUUUAACCAAUUGAAGUCUGAACGCAGUACUCAGAACAUACGAAGGAAGCCUGUAGAUUUAUACUUUGUAAGAAAAGGGACACAAUAUACCAGAAGAACAAGUAGCCAUCCAACUACCCAAGUGAUUCUUGCUACAACAGAUUCCCCAUCAUCACUCGACAGGUCAUUUGAAGAAAAAGAAACACGUUCAACCGAACCCUCCACAGCAGAUAGUUUCACCCAAUUGACGUCUAAACGAAGUACGCAGAACAUACUAAGGAAGCCGGUAGAUUUAUACUUGGUAAGAAAAGGGACACAAUAUGCCAAAAGAACAAGUAGACAUCCAACUACCCAAGUGAUUCUUGCUACAACAGAUACCCCAUCAUCACUCGACAGAUCAUUUGAAGAAAAAGAAAUACGUUCAACCGAACCCUCCACAGCAGAUAGUUUCACGCAAUUGACGUCUGAACGAAGUACGCAGAACAUACUAAGGAAGCCGGUAGAUUUAUACUUGGUAAGAAAAGGGACACAAUAUGCCAAAAGAACAAGUAGACAUCCAACUACCCAAGUGAUUCUUGCUACAACAGAUUCCCCAUCAUCACUCGACACAUCAUUUGAAGAAAAAGAAAUACGUUCAACCGAACCCUCCACAGCAGAUAGUUUCACGCAAUUGACGUCUGAACGAAGUACGCAGAACAUACUAAGGAAGCCGGUAGAUUUAUACUUGGUAAGAAAAGGGACACAAUAUGCCAAAAGAACAAGUAGACAUCCAACUACCCAAGUGAUUCUUGCUACAACAGAUACCCCAUCAUCACUCGACACAUCAUUUGAAGAAAAAGAAAUACGUUCAACCGAACCCUCCACAGCAGAUAGUUUCACGCAAUUGACGUCUGAACGAAGUACGCAGAACAUACAAAGGAAGCCUGUACAUUUAUACUUGGUAAGAAAAUGGACACCGUAUACACGAAGAACACCGAGUCAGCCGACUACCCAUGCGAUUGGUGGUAAACCAGAUUCACCAUCAUCACUCGACAUGUCACUUCAGGAAAAAGAAAUACAUACAACAGAACCUACCACAAUGGACAGUUUUACCCAAUUGACGUCUGAACGAAGUACAAAAAAGAAACGGAAGAAACCUAUAAAUUUAUUCCUUCUAAAAAAUGGAACAAAACAAACCAGAAUAACAACUAGCCAUCCAACUACCCACGCGACGGGCGCUACAGCAGAUUCGCCAACGGCACCCGAUGUGUCACCUGAAAGCGAAGACGUACAUAUUACCGAAGCUACAACAGCUAUUAGUGGCACUCCAUACAUUUCAGUAGGAAGUACAAAGGAGAGACGAAAGAAACCUGUAAAAUUAUUCCUUGUAAAAAAAGGAACAAAACAAACUAGAAGAACAUCUAGCCAUCCAACUACCCACGCGAUUGUCGCUACAACAGGUUUACCAACUUCACUCGAUGUGUCACGUAAAAGCGAAGAAGUACAUACAACCGAACCUACCACAGCCUUUAGUGGUACUCCAUACAUCACAGAUGGAAGUACAAAAAAGAAAAGGAAGAAACCUGUAAAUUUAUUCAUUGUAAAAAAAGGAACAAAACAAACCAGAAGAACAACUAGCCAUCCAACUACCCACGCGAUUAGCGCUACAACAGAUUCGCCAAGGUCACUCUACAGGUCAUUUGAAGAAAAAGAAAUACGUUCAACCGAACCCACCACAACUGAUAGUUUUACCCAAUUGACGUCUGAACGAAGUACGCAGAACAUACAAAGGAAGCCUGUAGAUUUAUACGUUGUAAGAAAAUGGACACCGUAUACACGAAGAACACCGAGCCAGCCGACUACCCAUGCGAUUGGUGGUAAACCAGAUUCACCAUCAUCACUCGACAUGUCACUGCAGGAAAAAGAAAUACAUACAACAGAACCUACCACAGUGGACAGUUUUACUCAAUUGACGUCUGAACGAAGUACAAAUAAGAAACGGAAGGAACCUGUAAAUUUAUUCCCUCUAAAAAAUGGAACAAAACAAACCAGAAUAAAAACUAGCCAUCCAACUACCCACGCGAUUGUCGCUACAACAGGUUUGCCAACGUCACUCGAUGUGUCACCUGAAAGCGAAGAAGUACAUACAACCGAACCUACCACAUAUUUUAAUGGCACUCCAUUCAUUUCAGAAGGACGUACAAAAGAGAGACGAAAGAAACCUGUAAAAUUAUUCCUUCUAAAAAAGAGAACAAAACAAACUAGAAGAACAACUAGCUAUCCAACUACCCACGCGAUUGUGGCUACAACAGAUUUGCCAACGUCAGUCGAUGUGUCACCUGAAAGCGAAGACGUACAUACAACCGAACCUACCACAUCUUUUAGUGGCACUCCAUUCAUUUCAGUAGGAAGUACAAAGGAGAGACGAAAGAAACCUGUAAAAUUAUUCCUUGUAAAAAAAGGAACAAAACAAACUAGAAGAACAACUAGCCAUCCAACUACCCACGCGAUUGUCGCUACAGCAGGUUUACCAACGUCACUCGAUGUGUCACCUGAAAGCGAAGAAGUACAUACAACCAAACCUACCACAUCUUUUAGUGGCACUCCAUUAAUUUCAGAAGGAAGUACAAAAGAGAGACGAAAGAAACCUGCAAAAUUAUUCCUUGUAAAGAAUGGAACAAAACCAACUAGAAGAACAACUAGCUAUCCAACUACCCACGCGAUUGUGGGUACAACAGAUUUGCCAACGUCAGUCGAUGUGUCACCUGAAAGCGAAGAAGUACAUACAACCGACCCUGCCACAUCUUUUAGUGGCACUCCAUUAAUUUCAGAAGGAAGUACAAAAGAGAUACGAAAGAAACCUCUAAAAUUAUUCCUUGUAAAGAAAGGAACAAAACCAACUAGAAGAACAACUAGCUAUCCAACUACCCAGGCGAUUGUCGCUACAACAGAUUUGCCAACGUCACUCGAUGUGUCACCUGAAAGCGAAGAAGUACAUACAACCGACCCUGCCACAUCUUUUAGUGGCACUCCAUUAAUUUCAGAAGGAAGUACAAAAGAGAGACGAAAGAAACCUCUAAAAUUAUUUCUUGUAAAGAAAGGAACAAAACCAACUAGAAGAACAACUAGCUAUCCAACUACCCAGGCGAUUGUCGCUACAACAGAUUUGCCAACGUCACUCGGUGUGUCACCUGAAAGCGAAGAAGUACAUACAACCGAACCUACCACAUCUUUUAGUGGCACUCCAUUCAUUUCAGAAGGAAGUACAAAGGAGAGAUUAAAGAAACCUGUAAAAUUAUUCCUUGUAACAAAAGGAACAACACAAAGUAGAAGAACAACUAGCUAUCCAAUUACCCACGCAUCAGUCAACACCUUGCCCGACAGUGAAAAAUUUCUAUCCGAACCGAGCACUGUCGAGAGUAAUUUUUAUUUCAACGUAGCGGAUAAUAAGGAAGAAAACUUUCUUUCUCGUGAAACACCGCCAGUCCCAUUGGAUGAUUCACUGAUGAUGAAGCACUGUGUAAAACGUUUAUUCAAUGUCCAUUCAUCCAGAUUGCGAACCCAGCGGAUAUUUACACCCAACUGGAUUAUUCAUCUUUCCAAUAAGUCUGAAAAGAAUAAAGACAACGUAACAUUAUUUCCGACAACAGAGGUUCACGGAAUAAUCAGGACACCUGAGUACAUCAAGAAAUCGAUAACUAUUGGAAAUAAGAGGUCGUACAAUGUCGUAUCCACCGCUACAUCGAAAGCUACGCGACGUACUCCUCAGAGUGCCCGACUGCGGUCAAGAAAUGAUAAUGAAAAUAUUACUACAAUUCCUACGUCACCAUCCUUAACGAUGGCAAAUAAACCUGCUUACGAAGAUACGUCUGUUUCGGCACGGGAAACACCUUUCCAUGUAACUUCAUCAUCAGCCCACGGUAUCGAUGGUAUGGCAUCCAAGACUUCUGGUAGUGGCAUUUUGUACACUCUUCCGUCCAUACCACAAACAAAAAGAGGGCGACCUACACCACAGUGGGUAAUCGAUCUUCUUAAUUCGAUUGGACAAAUAACCGGUAAUUUGACCGUAAUUCCGACGACAAUGCCAUAUGAACGUAAAUCGACUGAGAAUAAACCAAUUUACAAAGAAACCGUAGCUUCAACAUCUCGGGAAACUCAAUCACCUUUCCACGUAACUUUGUCAUNAGCGAUGGUAUGUCAGCCAAGACAUCAGGUAGUGGGAUUUUGUACACUGUUCCAUCCGUACCACAAUCAAAAGGAGGGCGACAGACACCACAGUGGGUAA